AUGCAAUAUGUUGGUAGAGCAAUCGGAUCAGUUACAAAGAGUUGGUCUUUAAUCAAUCCUGCCACACUCUCAGGAGCAAUAGAUGUUAUAGUAGUGGAACAUCCGGAUGGAGAGUUAGCAUGUUCACCAUUUCAUGUAAGGUUUGGGAAGUUUCAGAUACUAAAACCGUCACAGAAGAAGGUUGAAGUGAUCGUUAACGAUCAGCUUACGAACAUCCCUAUGAAAUUGGGCGAUUCUGGAGAGGCAUAUUUUGUGUUUGAGACGGAUUCAGACCUCAAUAAUAUUCCAGAUGAGUUGAUAACUUCACCUGUGGUAAGUGCAGCCAGUUCUCCAAGCUCAUCCCCUCGACAGGAUAAUGUUAGUACCGAUAAGAAACUUCCUGAACCAGAUUUCUUAGAUAUUAAUGACAAUAGCACAGCUGGUGCUUCUGCAUCUACUGAUACGACCGGUGACUACUGCUCACAGUAUGGAAGGCCAGCUACUCCUGCGCAUGUGGGGCUCAAGGAAACUACCUCCUUUGAGGAACGAAUAAAUAGGAAACUAAACCAAAAAAAGAUUCCCAGUAAGUUGGACAAUAACGGGGACUUGUUGUUAGACAUUGAGGGUUAUAAAUCAAGUCAAUACAAGGUUCAUGAUACCGAUGAGAUGUUGAAGCAAUUAUUACAGGACGAGUUGGGUAAGGACAAUGACAUUUCCCCUUUUGUAAAGGAGGAUUACAACGGUAACAUUCGCAUAAUUAACCCAUACGAUAGUACUACGUUGGGUAUUUCACCUCCAGUGUCACCCUCAAUGUCCUCUGAGUCGUUAGAAUUAAUCCCGUCUCACAACAACGGCUCUGAACAAAAUUCAGAUUUCACUGACUCGACACCUUCUCGAGGUACGAUAUCUACAACCCUGGAGCUCAACACUGGGGCCAACUACAUCAAGACAAUCCGUUUAACAUCCGACCAGCUACGCUGCUUGGAUUUAAAAUAUGGUGAAAAUGAAGUGACGUUUUCUGUAGAUAAAGGAAAAGCUGUUGUGAACUCAAAAAUAUUCUUAUGGAAAUGGGAUGUUCCGAUAGUCAUAUCUGAUAUAGAUGGCACCAUAACGAAAUCUGAUGCUCUAGGACAUGUGAUGACGAUGAUAGGGAAAGACUGGACGCAUUCAGGUGUUGCCAAACUUUUCACGGAGAUCCGCAAGAAUGGUUACAAUAUUAUGUACCUAACUGCGCGCAGCGCAGGUCAGGCAGACUCUACACGAAGUUAUUUGAGAAGUAUCCAGCAAGGCGGUUGCGCGCUUCCAAUCGGCCCUGUGAUCCUAUCUCCAGACAGGACUAUAGCGGCAUUACGAAGGGAAGUCAUUUUGAAGAAGCCUGAAGUUUUCAAAAUUGCCUGUCUAAAUGACAUACAAAAGUUGUAUUUUAAGGUCCUACAAAGUGCAAAUGUCGAAACGAAUACAACAAAUGACGAGCAGCCCACUCCAUUCUAUGCAGGUUUUGGAAAUCGUAUCACCGAUGCAUUAUCAUACAGAACUGUCGGUAUCCCAAGCUCCCGAAUAUUCACCAUCAACCCAGAUGGCGAAGUUCAUAUGGAAUUGUUGGAGUUAACAGGCCUAAGAAGCUCAUAUGUCCUUAUCAACGAACUCGUAGACCAGUUUUUCCCUCACGUCAAGCAGGGCAUGUACUUCGCUGUCGAGGAAGAGGUUAAGAAUCUCUCGCCAACACCGGGCUCCCCAGUGUACAACCCAGAAGAGAGAUCCUUCUUCCGCCAAUACGACGAAAAGUUUUCAGAUGUCAACUUUUGGCGAGAACCACUUCUUAGUGUAGAAGACCUUUCAGACAUCACGGAUGAUGAAAACGCCGGCAACAAUCCCACAGGCGCAGCUUCUGGCGGCGCAACAACCGCAAUAUCCCCUCCGCCCUCAUCAUCCCAAAUUAUGCCCUCUAUGUCGCUUCGCGACAACCUCAGCGCCGAUCUCGGUGCCCCGACCGACCCAACAACCCUUUCGUCUCCUGACAGGCUCAUUAAAGACAACCUAGAGUCCCCUUCCCCACACAACAUCACAGAACAGACCUCGGCUCUGUCCACCCUCUCUCUAGAACAGCACGGCAACCAGCUGCCAUCAAGUCCAACAUCACUAGGGCACAAAUACAAAUCCAUGCAUCAGGAUCUAAGCGACGAGGACUAUUCCCAAGCAAACGAUUUCACUGACGAUGAAUUCGACGAAGAUGAAUUCGACGAAGAUGACUUCUGGUCAUAG